UUUCAUCCCCGCGGGGUAAUUGCCAUUUGGAAUGAUUACUCCAGGCGAUACGGUAAUUUAUCACGGCUGAGCAUUUGUCCGCAAACUGCUAAGGUUCCCAAGCUCCGCGGCCCUUUCCCCCCAAUCCAAUUUUGUCGCUCCCCCGCGAUUAGAUCCUUUAGCUCUUCCUCCACAACCAUUCGGACAUCAAUAAAUUUUUCUUGGUUGACAAGCAGUCGCUCAACGCGGCAUUGAGCCCUGAUAGCUUCAUCCGCGCCAUCGACCUGGGAAAUCUAGCUCCUUACAUUGCACUCGCCCUAUCUAGUCGUCGGUGGAAUCUACAUUCUCAUCAUUACGCGUGUAUCUGUUCCUUUUUCAAUGUCUCUACAUUAAGUCGCUUUUCGCACCGUACGUGAGCCAGGAAUGCCCUUUCUUUUUUUUUUUUUUUAAUAUAUAGGUGUUCCUACCUCAGUGUGACAACAUGUCCAUACUCGUAAGGCCGCCCAAACGCAAAUUAGCCGAAAUAGAGGGGCUUGAGCAAAACACCAGACUAUCCUCCGGCAGUCGCUAUCCAAAUACCUCGUCAAAUGCACCUGUGUCGACAGAACUGCAUUCCGAUAAAGAUGUUGGCCCCCCGGUCAUCAGCGCCUACUCUUUGGGAGAACCGACAGAGACUACUGGGGAGUCAUCUUUGCGCGAACUGAUUUCUAACCGUGUAUCGCCUGUAUCCUUCGAGGCACCAUUUCAGGUCCAGAGGAGAUUUGCACCCAACGUUUCCAUAGUCCUUGUUGGCAUUCGUGGCACAGGGAAGUCCAGCCUCGCGGUCAUCCUGGCGGCAACUUCUGGGAGGGGGUUGAUUGAUGCCGAUCGCUAUUUCCAGCAAGUCACAGGACGUUCACGUGCUGCUUUUAAGAAGGAGCAUGGAAGUACCGAGUAUCGUCAGCAGGAGGCUAGAGCCAUGGAGUCUAUGUUAUCAGACCAUAAAGAAGGGUGGGUCAUUGCAUGCGGGCCAGGUUCUAUGGAGCGCAGUGGGCAAAUGCUUCUAAGAGAAUAUGCAAAAACUCACCCUGUCAUCCAUAUCAUUCGAGAUCCUGAAAGUAUUCAGUCAUACCUGCAAGCCUGGGAUACAGAGAAAGUUUGCCGUUUCCUAGAUCUUUCCGGACCUAUCUAUCGGGCAUGUUCAAAUCUUGAGUUCUUCAACGUUUCAGAAACCGGCCAUGGAGAUCCAACAUUAGCAAAGGACGGUCAUCACCAUUCACAGCUUGAGCUCGAAGUAGAUCAACGAUCUCAGACAUUCACGCCCUUCCUGACUCUUAAGCGGCUGCAACGAGAUUUUGUUCGUUUCAUUGCUUUCGCUACCGGGAAUACCACCGAUCUAAGUAACCAACAUGCAUCGUUCCCACUCUCUACGCAACCUGUCGAGGCGCGCACCUUUACGUACGCUGUCACUGUACCGAUAUCCACUCUCUUUAUGAGAAACCUCAGCAUUGAGGAUUUAGAAUCAACCGCAGAUGCCUUCGAGCUAAAGAUCGAUGUGACAGAAAGCCAUUCUUCUCACCUAGGGCUUGAGUCAACCCUCGCAGAUAGAAUCAGUCAAACUGUGGCCACAAUUCGGCGGAACAUUGUUGUCCCUAUGAUAUAUCAUGUGGAAAGUGAUGUAGGCUCAAUUAACUCAGCCACACCACAUAAUGAACCCGUGCGCCGUUCUACUCACGCAUAUUUAAACCUAAUACAUCAUGGUUUACGACUAGCUCCUAAUUUCAUAACUGUUGACCUAUCUUAUGAUGACAAUGUUCUAUCGCAAGUCAUCGCCUCGAAAGGGUCAAGCAAGGUUAUUGGGCAUUUUGCUUCUGUUCAGUGCGUUGAGCAAGGCUGGGAUGACCCUGCCUACCUCGAGCUAUAUGAACGUGCUAAACGACUCGGGUGCGAUAUGGUUCGAUUGACUCAGCCGGCAGCAUCAAUGGAUGACAACCAUGCUGUCCAGCGCUUCCGCCACCGUAUCCAAGCUCUUCCUGGACCACAGCUGCCUCUCAUAGUCUACAACUCAGGCUCCCUGGGCCGACUAUCUUGCUGUUUUAACCCGAUAUUAACGCCCGUGACCAAUCAAUCCCUGUUGUCUGAGACCCAGGCAAAGAACCUGCCUUGUAUCACUUUACGCGAGGCGCAAGAAGCGCUUUACGCUUCCUUCGCCCUAGACCCAAUGCAGUUUUUCGUCUUCGGUGCUAAUGUAACUUACAGUCUGUCUCCAGCUAUGCACAAUGCUGCCUACAAGGCAUGUGGGAUGCCACACGUGUAUAGCCUUCACCAGUCAUCAUCUCUGCGAGGCCUGAACGAACUGGUAGCAAACCCUAACUUUGGUGGAACCAGUGUCAGUCUACCUUACAAAACAGAAACUAUUCCUCUCCUUCAUUCGAUGUCCCCCCAUGCUCGGGCAAUCGGGGCCGUGAAUACGCUGAUACCAGUCCGGAAUCUCGAUGAUCCUGCUCUGGUUUCCGAAGGUUGUUCUCUUUAUCUGGAGAAGAGCCGGGCGGGACCGAUCAAAGGCUUACAUGGAGACAACACUGACUGGAUUGGCAUCUGUAAUUGCUUCCGAAGAGGCCUCUCUCCCGCUAAUGCGAUCCGCGCGUCAUCUACCGGUCUAGUUAUUGGUUCUGGUGGCAUGGCUCGCGCUGCCGUUUACUCCAUGAUUCACUUGGGUGUACAGAACAUAUUCGUCUGGAAUCGUACCUUUGCCAACGCCGAGAAGUUGGCAUACCACUACAAUCGGCAGAAGCUUCCCACACAUAACAAGAAUGCGCCAACCACUCGCUCAAAAGUUCACGUCCUAAGCUCCUUACAAGAUAGAUGGCCUACGUAUUACAACCCACCAACCGUUAUAUGCUCAUGCAUACCAGCGCAUAGCAUUGGGGACCAGCCGGCCCCUAACUUCAGGAUACCAUCUCAGUGGCUUGGGAGUCCCACGGGAGGUGUUGUAGUCGAGCUAGCGUACAAGCCCCUUGAUACCCCGCUGGUGAAGCAAAUGCGAGCCCUUUCUCACCGCGGCUGGGUUGCUUUGGACGGCCUUGAUGUUCUCCCAGAGCAAGGAUUCGCCCAGUUCGAGCUCUUCACCGGUCGCCGUGCCCCUCGGCGACUGAUGCGGACCAUCGUACUCCAGGAGUAUAAGGCAGAAGAAGGACAGGAUGAUCAGAACGCAAUUCAAACCCGACUUGAAAGUUUGGAUGGACAUCCUGCCUGAGACCGUCUUGUUCCAAUUGGAUACCGAGGUCAGCCUUAUUUCUAGCACUGUGGAGAUCAGUAAAUCCCGCACGUCUUAAUAUUCCAAUUGCCAUGGUACACCUGUGGCACCCGUCAGCCGCUUCCGUUUGCGGCCAGUUAUCCACAAAUCCCCAAAGAGCUGCUCGCGGUUUCUGCAACCUUGAAAAGGGCAAGCUUUGCUCCAAAUGAUGUGCAGAAGUAUAUCCAGUGGAAAGCUUAGAACGCUUUCCAUUUAACGACCACUCUGCGUGGCGCGGGAUCUUAUGUCCUUGGCAAUGCGACUUUCUAGGGUGCUUGGGAGGCCUAA